GUCUAUCACGGUGUCCUUGCCGCUGACUUCCGCUUCGACUGUGUGUAGUGGAGUCGGAUUGUUUAUGCUGUUCAAUCUUCAUUUUGGCCUUAAAUAUCAGGUACUGUCCGCGGGUGCAGGUGUUAGGUCCAAAUAUGAUGCACGGAACCAGGCCGAUGGGACAAACAUGAAGUUUUGAAUGACAGUUUUACUACAGUGCUCAGUAUGAACAGCGAAGAGGAGUUUUACGACGCCGAGACAGGACUGGAGUCAGAUGAUUCAUGUGAGCAGAGUUUUAAAGAUGCCCAAGUGUCCAAAAGUGCCUCUCAGGAGAAUGGACUGUGGCAACGCAGGAAAACAUUGCCAGCAGAAAUGGUCUCCAGAAAUAACUUCAGUGUGUGGAAUAUCCUGAAGAAAUGCAUUGGCAUGGAGCUGUCCAAAAUAGCGAUGCCAGUGGUAUUUAAUGAGCCACUGAGCUUUCUCCAGAGAAUCUCGGAGUACAUGGAGCACACUCACCUCAUCCACAAAGCCUGUAGCCUGUCGGACUCCGUUGAUCGCAUGCAGGUUGUAGCUGCUUUUGCCGUGUCUGCUGUAGCAUCUCAGUGGGAAAGGACUGGAAAACCAUUUAAUCCAUUACUUGGGGAAACCUAUGAACUCAUAAGGGAAGACGAGGGUUACCGGUUGAUCUCGGAGCAGGUGAGCCACCAUCCUCCAAUCAGUGCCUUCCACGCAGAGUCUCUGAAGCAGGAGUUUGCUUUCCACGGCUCCAUUUACCCCAAACUCAAGUUCUGGGGCAAAAGCAUCGAAGCCGAGCCCAAAGGCACCAUGACACUGGAGCUGCUCAAACAUAAAGAAGCAUACACGUGGAUGAACCCAAUGUGCUGUGUGCAUAAUGUCAUAUUAGGGAAACUGUGGAUAGAACAAUAUGGAACUGUGGAGAUCCUCAACCAUAGCACUGGAGAUAAGUGUGUUUUGAACUUCAAAUCAUGCGGUAUGUUCGGAAAAGAGCUGCACAAAGUAGAAGGAUUCAUUCAAGACAAAAGCAAAAAGAAGCUAAGGGUCAUAUAUGGGAAAUGGACGGAGUGCAUGUAUAGUGUUGACCCAAAAGUUUACGAAACACACAAAAAGUCUGAUAAGAAGAGCGGAGGGGAAUCUAAAAAGACAAAGCGGGAAAAUAGUUGUGAAGAGGACGACUCAGAUGAUGUACCGGAGAUUCAGGAGACUGUAACUGUGAUCCCAGGAAGUGCCUUACUGUGGAGGAUAACACCCCGACCGCCACACUCAGCACAGAUGUAUAACUUCACCAGCUUUGCCAUGACACUAAACGAGCUGGAGCCGGGCACAGAGAAACUCCUGCCUCCGACAGACUGCAGACUCAGGCCUGAUAUCAGGGCCAUGGAGAAUGGGGACAUAGACAGGGCGAGUUCAGAGAAAGAGCGACUGGAGGAGAAACAGAGAGCAGCGAGAAAAGAGCGCUCCAGAGAUGAGGAGGAGUGGUCAACACGGUGGUUUCAUCUGGGCACAAACCCUCACACUGAAGCAGAGGACUGGCUUUACAGAGGUGGAUACUUUGAUAGGAACUACAGUGACUGCCCCAACAUUUACUGACGUGGGAGCUGCUCUGUAGUGCCACCUAUCCUCUAUCACCAGUACUGUUUUGUGUUGAAUCAUGCUCUGAUGCGUGUGGCAACUCAUCACUGACUGUCAAAUGCCCACAAGGGAGGUCGAACAAUAUUUUAGUUUACUUAAAAAAUUUAACCAUUUUACUGUGCUGCACUUACUAUGCUAAAAAUAGUAUAAACACAAUUAUCAUAACUUUAUAAAGCCUUAAAAAUGUGACUUAAAGGUACACUACGGAACUUUUCUGAUGGGUGGUACACUACCUGCUCAUCUCCAUUAAGAUGUUUCUGCUUUGCAUGAAGUAUUUCACAGCGGGGCAUUAAACAUAUCAGUUUAUUCUCCACGGAGAUGAACAAGUAAUGCCACCAGGCAAGUUACAGGUCAGAUCUAUGGAGACGCACUAACAGUAAAAAUGUGUGCUUUUCAAGAUAAUGUACUAAUAAAAAUAACAAAUAAAUUUAAUGCAAGAUGGGUAAGCUUAAUGUCAUAGUGUGGAACAUUUGAGUCAAAACAGAAACAUCUCCAUGGGGAUAAGGAAGUAGCUAACCCCUCACCAGAAAAGUUACAGUGCACCUUUAAAUGAGCUACUAGAGAUCAAACUUUCUAAACAUUGAUGUACUGUACCUCACUUUAAUAUCAGGGCUUAUUGAAACACACUUGCUUCCAGUUUUAUAACCAGUUUAAAUAUUUAGUGUCUAAGAUAGCACUAUUUGUCCCUCAUACAGUGUAAAAAUGAACUAGUUGUGUACACUUACAUUUGAAAAGCUGCUGAAAUAUGUGUAUGUUUGCUGGCAUAGUAAACAUACUGGAGUUAAUGGUACAUUUAUUUGUUGUCUGCUGAAGUGUAGAAGCCUAUAGUAAGAGAUACCUAAUAAUAAUUGAGAAGACUAGAGUGGCCCUCCUGGUCUUAACACAAGCUGGAUAAUAAAUGGGUAUAACAACUAUGAGCAAAGAUUUCCUGGGUUAUCUGGGCCAGAUCGUGUUGUUUUCAGUAGAGUUUGCAUUUUGUCCAUGGAUCUCAGUGGAUUCCAAAUGGUCCUACUUUUCCCAUGAAUCUAAAUAUAAAACAAAAAACAUAAAGCUCGUAGUUGAGCGUCAAAAACUUUGUUACUGGCAGAUCUGCCAAUUCUCCAUAGAGAUGGAUACAUUGGCAAAAACAAAGUAAACAAACAAAACAGCUUUGGAACAAUCCCCUAAGAUACUGGAUCACUACUAGUAAAUAUAUCUAUUAUGUUAUAUUGUCAACAUGCUUCUGAAUGAAUGCUACAUGUAGUAUUAAGCAUCUAAAAAUCUCCAUUGGUUUAACAUUAGGCUUACUGAUUCUGUGAGCUGUGAUGUCACAGUCUGGUAUUGACAAAUAUCUAAAAUGUGAAUUCACAAAUGUUGAGUCUAAUCAUUUCUAAAUUGGUGAUUACAGUCCUUACAAAUGUGAUGUUAUCUGAAAUACAAUGCAUGGGUUUCAGAGUAGUGACUUUUUUUUACCAUUGCCAUAGCAAUUAACAAUUGAAACAAUUGAACAAUUGAAGUAACACAAGCCAAUCUAAGAAUCCGGAGAGGGGUCCCAGAUGCUACAUUGUGGUCACCCACUGCUUCUGACAGGUCACCCCAGCUCUAAAGAAGACUGGGUCAAAUGCAGAGAACAAAUUUCCCUGCAAUAAGUACCUUAGUAGGAGUGAAAUACCACAUAAAAUAAAAGUACCGGAGUGAUUGCCACUCUAGUCUCUAUGGAAACCUUUAAGGAAUAUGGUGAUCAAGUUAAGCCAUAAAAUCAUUCUGCACUGUGAUAGAAACUGUAAAUACACUUUUCAAGCAAAGGGACAUUAGCUGCCAAACAUAUGAACAAUUAUUUCCAAUCCUUAGUAAACCUAUACAUCUCCUCUGUCUACUUAAAUUGACGCAUCCUUGCAUAUUUUUUGUUGCUAGAGCCUGAACAAAAAUAAAAGCGAAGUGUUUUUUUUUAUGCUAAUUCGAUGGUGAGCAAUAUAAAAAGGUGCUCAUUUUAGUUCCAAAUACUUCAAAUGUCUUUUCUCUGGCUAAAAAUACAAUAAUUUUGUGUGCCUCUAAUAUGGGCUUCCUAUUGAAAGUAAAAACAAAAGCUAAAUCUAUGGUUUGUACCAAGUGUUCUUCCUUCCCAAAACUGUUCCUUUCAAAACAAGGACCUUCCAACAUAAGGACAGAAUAGGUCGCAGUGACGUUGUAGAAUUUGUUAUCAUAGUUUCAGAUGGAGAGCAGGACCCUAUAUAACUCAAAAAGGAGAUUCAAUCAUCCAAAAAUGUUGAACCUUAUCAUUGAUUGUUAAGGAUUGGCUCCACUUUAAGCCACUUUAUGGACUUAAGCCAUUUAAUUUUGUGGCUUAAAGUCCUUUCGAUUGACAACAAUGAUGUCUUUGGGAUAGAAUAAUGGCACCACUUUCUGAAGCUAUUGUGAAAAAAAAAAUCAGCAUAUAGUUAAUUUGGGCUGAAAGAGAAGAUGUUGAAGUCUCUGCCAGUUUUUGUUUCAUGUGGAUAGGCCCAGUAAUUACAAUAAUACCAUAAACCGGGUAAACACAUGUGCAAUUUGACAGUUAAACAGCAAAUUCCACCAUAGAAUUCUGACCUGUCUCCAGCUCUAUUUAAAACUAUAUGGUUUCUGCAAUGCUGUGUUGUCAUAUGAACAAAACCUGCCAUGGAUUUUUGUGAAAUACUUUUAUCCUGUCAAAUAACUAGUUUCACAAAGUUACCCAAAUUGCCAUAGAUCUUUUGAGUGCUGCCAAUAUUAGGGUUGCCAGGUCUUGCAAAGCCUAUGCACAAACUGUACAGUAGAAAUCAGUCCUCAGCUUCUACUGAAUAAACUCAACUCAAAGCACCUUGUGAGAACUGUAGCCACUCAAAGCUGCUCGAUGUUACAGGUUAUUUGUACAGCAGCAUCUGUUAAAAUGUUUACAUCUUUAUUGUUACCCACUCCUCUAUAGACAAGCAGACAUAUUUAAUAAAUAAAUUAUAAACUAUUACAACCU